UCUCUUAAUGUUUCGAGGGCAGUGUGUAGUAGAUGAGGGAAUUUUAGUUGUGCAGGAGGGGUGCGGACACGAGAGUGGGGCAGGCAUCCCCCCUUCUGCCGGUACACCGAACUCGUGUACCCAUCGGGUGGUGCUCGUGGGGGAUGCUGUGACUCGUAUCCAUUCACACGGUUCCCGAAGACACAUUAUCAAUCCAUCCAUCAGUAGAGAGGAAGGACUUUGGGCAAAUCGGUCAGAACGAAAAUUCACUCUCGCGCGUAUUGUGGGUGGAAAGGAAAAAAAAAAGAAAAGCUCUCAUUUUGCAAAAUUAACUCUGCAUUCAUCCGAAUAGGUGUUCCCUUCUCGCAGUGUGUAGCACCCAGUCCUAGUGCCGCCCCUCGACAGUGCUCAAGGGGAUAUACCCAUCGGUGUUUAUCGUGUGUGCAGAAGUAAGAAAAUCGAGUGAAAAUAUCGCUGGGAUUUUAUUUUUUUGGGGGAGAAAAUGUUACCAUAGAAGAGUUUUCCCUUUUAGCUUGUGCUAGAGUGUAAAUUUCCCAGGUCCUCUCUCAUGGGGCCUCUUAGUUUGCUAGUUUCCUAAGUGAUUGAAUUGCUAUGCGAUAGUGUGGGGACUGUGUACGUGCUCAUUAGGCAAAUUCACGGACUAUUGGAGCUCCCAUCGUUAUAUCCUGGGCACUGUAGAACUUUUCAUUCCCACAGGAGCAUCUUAAGAGAUAUUUAUUUGCAAAUACACCGACACAUUUCUUCAAAUUUUAUGCGGUUUGCAUUCCAUUAAUAUUGAAGGAUGUGCCGUUUGAUGUUUGAUAAAUUGAAAAAUAUAUUCAAUAAUGGAUACCCAUGUUAAGUGGAAACGACGCUCCAGGAAGACGUCUAUCAUUGGCGAUAUAACUAAAACGGCGGGUCUGUUUCACUUAAAUGAACUAAACGGAUCCACAUGAAGUCAAACAACUUUUGUCGUCGACUCAGUCGUCUUCUCUUCCUGGCAUACACCCUCCUCAUCUUACUCCCAAUCGCCCAAUCUGUUGCCAUUAACAAGAGAAAAGGAAAUGCUACCCUUGUCCUCUUUCAAGAUGAAACUAAUGCGACCGACGUUAAGCUACAGUUCAACGAGUUUCAGAAUAUAUUCAACAUUGAGGGACAAGCUGUGAGAUCUGUGGAAUUUUUAUCGGGAAGUGGUUUGAGCGCCCUCAUGAGGUAUUUGCAGAAUAACAAUUACUCCACACUGGUUUUCGUAUUAAGCAACAACAACACGAGAGAUGCUGGCUAUUGUGAUAUGGCUGAGCAACUUUCCGUGACAUUCAACAAAGAUGUGCUAUUCUGGCCGUGUCCGAGAAUGAAGCUAACGGAGAAGUUUUUGCCUUCCUUUGAGAUAAUAUCAUUCGUCGUCAGGAGCAUUUCAGAAGAAUUAAAUUGGACAGAGGCUGUGAUCUUUGCUACAGAAACCAAUUGGGGUCUACCUUUGGCGAUUUCUGCCAACAUAAAAAUACCUUUUCGCGUGGAAAUCGGUACAUCAACCCUGAGUGAAAGACAAAUAGCUGAUAAAAAGGGAAAAGUUGUGAUAAUAACAUCAUCUCUGAAUUCCAUGGAGACGCAACAAGUUAUUCAGCAUUUUGAGCAAUACAGGCUGACAAAAUUAUUCCUCAUUGAUAUGUUUGGCACAAUCUUCAACAGCAGGAGUCAGUUCUACGCUUAUUUGGGUGGAAAAUUUACAAAAAUAGAAAACAUUUUUCUUACAUGGUCUUCUGGACUUGUGCCAGAUUCGUCGGAAGUUGGGGAAAUAUCCUUCCGCAACAGCAGUACAAAUAGUGGUGGUAAUAUGAGACCAUAUAAGAAUCUCCUUGUGCUAACUGUGCUCACGGAAAAGCUAAAGCACUUGCUAAACAAAACACUUCAUGUUGAGUUUGAGAAGUAUUCACAGUGGAUGCUAAAAAAGGCUGUCGUUGAUGGUAAAUCCAAUGAUGUUUCCACAUCAUCUGAUACCGUGAGAAGAAGUAGGAGGAAUGCCACAGGGAAUGAGAGUAUCGAUUAUACCCAACAUCCUGUAGAUUCACAAGAAGUCUCACGUAAAAAUGAUGAGAAUGUGCAAAGUGAUCCUGAGGAGGAUUAUCUGAAAGACAAACAAGUGACCAGUGAUGUUUCUAUGUUGCAAAUCAGUGGUAUUAUGUUGGAUUUCUUUCAUAAACUCAUUGCACAUAAUUGUGAUUUUAAAUUUUUAAUAGUAGAACUUUUCCCAACUUCUCUUCCGCCCAAUAGAACUUUAGAUGAGAGAGAAAGUAUUAUUCAGGAGCAAUGUCCACAAUUAAUUAAUUGCCAUCCACGAGAUUUUCAUGGAGUUUCUGAUUUUUGCUACUUCUUCUGUUAUCAUGUCUUUAAUUAUUACGAUAGAGAAAGUAGAGAUAGUAAAAAAGCAAUGAGUAGAAACACUACAAGUGAUCGGGAUGCAGAGAGUGUGGGGGAGACUUUAAAAGAAACAUGCUUUAAGGUUAAAGACCAAGGGAUGAGCAUGAGUGAGAUAUCAGAUACAGAAAAGUGGUUGGUGAAUUUUGUAAGACAUGCCUUCAUUGAGGAGUCAAGGGGUAGUGGAGCAAGACGCUGGCGUCGACAAACCACACAAAAUUCGCACCCCACAGCUCCACAGCAGCAGCAGCCACAGAAUCAGCUGGUGUAUAGUGAAUUUUUCAGUUUGUUCGACUUCAUAGUGUCGAUUUUGUAUGGUGCUAAUGAAAGUGGUAUCAAAUUUGACUUUAUUGUGUUGGACCUCCAUCAGAAUGUGAAUACGAAGAAUGAGUCGACUUUCGGCUGGCGACCCUUCCUAAUACUCCAACAGAAUCACAUCAAUCAUCAGGUAUUCACUUCACAUCCAUUCCUGAGGGGUUUCCGUGAUUGGGGAUUGGACACGUCCGAGUUCUGGACGUGCGGUACACUGUGCUGGGGUGUCAUCGGACUCGCAAUCUUCCUCCUUCUGUGCAUUAUUGUCGCCAGCGUUUGGGCCGGAGUAGCAGUUAGGAAUUACUUAUUGAAGAAACGUUUAUCAAAGGGACCAAAUAAAAUUGUUCUGUCACCGUCGGAUUUUGUGUUUCCGGUCGAUUCGAGGCGGGUUGACGAAGGCAUUGAGGCGAUGCUGUGUUGCUGGCUGCAGCAGCUACAGGAAUUCGGGGGGCCUGAAGUCGAUAAGCCGGAUUUGCUGAAGGGCUCAAUUGGAUCCUUAAAGAAUUUAGGCUUGGCCAGUGCUGCUAAAAAUAAUUCAGGCUCUGGGAGUUUAGCGAGGCAUCAUACAGUAAUUGACGUUAGAGCCAGAUACAAUGGCGACCUUGUGCAACUCAAGGAAAUCCCCUUAAUGGCCGUAACAGAACUGAAGACAAAGGCAAUGGAUAUUUUAAUGACAGCACAUGGAUUGCGACAUGAGAAUAUUAAUCCAUUAAUUGGUUGGCUAAGCGAUGCGAAUCGUACAGCAAUGGUUUUUGAGUAUUGUUCCCGUGGCUCUCUGCAAGAUGUUCUCAUUAUGGAUGACAUUAAGCUGGAUUGGUCUUUUCGUCUUAGCUUACUUACUGACCUUGUUAGGGGAAUGAGAUACCUGCAUUCAUCCCCAUUACGUGUUCACGGUGGAUUGUCAUCGAGGAAUUGCGUUGUCGAUGCCAGAUGGGUACUCAAAAUUACGGAUUACGGCUUGCCGAGUUUCUAUGAGGCUCAGGGUAUAGGAGUACCAUCGAAAUCUCCAAAAGAACUUCUGUGGACCGCACCGGAAGCCCUGCGUGGUACAAAAGGGUAUCCAAAGCAUGGAACACAACCGGCUGACGUUUACUCAUUUGGGAUAAUAAUGCAAGAAGUUGUUGUGAGAGGAGAACCCUACUGUAUGCUUUCCCUAUCACCUGAAGAUAUUAUUGCAAAAAUAAAACGACCUCCACCUUUGAUACGACCAUCAGUUUCAAAGGGAGCUGCACCCCCCGAAGCUAUAAACAUUAUGCGCCAGUGUUGGGCAGAAAUGCCAGAUAUGCGACCGGACUUUAACACUGUAUACGAACGCUUCAAGCAACUAAAUCACGGGAGGAAAGUGAAUUUUGUCGAUACAAUGUUUCAAAUGCUUGAGAAAUAUUCAAACAAUCUUGAGGAAUUGAUACGUGAAAGGACAGAACAGCUCGAUAUUGAGCGCAAGAAGACUGAGCAAUUAUUGAACAGGAUGCUACCGAGUUCCGUGGCGGAAAAAUUGAAAAUGGGUUUAGCUGUUGAUCCUGAGGAAUUCUCGGAUGUUACAAUAUAUUUUAGCGAUAUUGUUGGCUUCACAACAAUUGCAGCACAUUGUAGUCCAGUUCAAGUUGUCGAUCUCCUUAAUGACCUCUACACAUGCUUCGAUGCAACUAUUAAUGCUUACGAUGUGUACAAGGUGGAAACCAUAGGUGAUGCAUAUAUGGUUGUGAGUGGGCUUCCUGGCAAAAUACCCGAUCAUGCGGAACAAAUAGCAACCAUGGCAUUGGACUUACUUCACAAGAGUGGGUUGUUUCGGGUUAAACAUCUACCAAAUGUACCUCUACAAUUGCGCAUUGGACUCCAUACGGGGCCAUGUUGUGCUGGGGUUGUAGGACUCACAAUGCCGAGAUAUUGUCUGUUUGGUGAUACAGUGAAUACAGCUUCUCGAAUGGAGUCAACAGGCUCAUCGUGGAGGAUACACUUGUCGGAAGCAACGCGUGAUAGACUUGAGAAGGCGGGAGGAUACAACUUGGAACCACGUGGACCCAUUGAAAUCAAAGGAAAGGGACUAAUGAAUACUUAUUGGCUUCUUGGUAAGAAGGGAUUCGACAAACCACUUCCAACACCCCCACCAAUUGGUUUCCACAAGAAUUAUCUCAUCCUGUUGUCGUGUAUGUGGUGAUCGAAGUUCUGGC